AAUUAAUUAAUUAAAGGGCGGAGUCGACACUGGAAGUUCAGGAGAGGUGAUGGGAGCUGGGACGGAGUGUUAGCGCUGGAGAUGGAGAAAAAGGGGCACAUUCUGGAAUAGUCAGCACAUUGGAAGUAGAGUUUACGGGACUUGCAGGAGGACACGUAGAAUCAAGGACUUCCAGGUUCCUGGCGUGUCCUUUACAGAGGGAAAAAAGGUUUGGGGGAAGGGGAACCAAGGCUCUGGACAUAAAUCUGAAUUGCCUGUCACCGUCAGGGUGGAGGUCACAGAUAAAGAGCCUGAUCUAGACACAGGCGGAGAGGAGAGGAGGGAUUUGAGGGCGUUGGGAGGGGGAAAGGGGGGCCAGCAGGAAGCGGUGACUGGCUGAGUAACAAAAUGGGGGUGGGGACGUGCAAGUUUCAGACUCCGACUAACUACGCGGGGACUCCGAGGCGCUCAGAAAAAUGAAGCCGACCCGGCCCUGCCCCGAGGGACGCUCCAAGAGGGCGGAGGUGCAGGGAGGGCCCCGCCACAAUUCGCGGUAACGCAAGUCAGGCUCGGGCGGAAGGGCGGCCGGAGCCGAUCAAAGGCUGGCUCCGGGCAGGGGCAGCGACGGAGCGAGGGGGAGCUCUCCGCAGGCCGGUGUCCCGGAGGAGGCAUAAUUGGAGCAGGGCUUCCAAGGUCACGGAGAGACGCCGGGCAAGACCUCUUAAGGAUCCUCUUCCGGGCUUGAAAGGCAGGCGUCCUCCCGAACCGCGCGACCCAGCCAAGAAGAGCCGGGGCGGGGCCGGGGCCGGGGCCGGGGCCGGGGCCGGGGCCGGGGGCCGACUCGGGAAUCUUCGGCCGAGGCUCGGCAAUCCCCUCAUCCUCCGUCCGGGGCCGAUCCGGAAACAGCCGAGCGGAUCCGGAAACAGCCGAGAGGACCCGGAAGCGGUGCGCUCCGUCACCAGGGAGUGCGGGAAUCCGCCGUUUGCGCUGAGGCAAUGGCGGCAGCUGCGCCGGUGGCCGCGGACGACGAUGAGCGGCGGCGGCGGCAGGGGGCUGCACUGGAGGACUCCCGGCCCCAGGAAGAGGCAAAUGGUGAGGCCGAGUCAGGUGAGCUCAGCCGGCUUCGGGCUGAGCUGGCAGGCGCCCUGGCAGAAAUGGAAACCAUGAAGGCUGUGGCAGAGGUGAGCGAGAGCACGAAGGCCGAGGCUGUGGCUGCGGUGCAGCGGCAGUGCCAAGAGGAGGUGGCCUCGCUGCAGGCCAUCCUGAAAGACUCCAUCAGCAGCUAUGAAGCCCAGAUCACCGCCCUGAAGCAGGAGCGACAGCAGCAGCAGCAGGACUGUGAGGAGAAGGAGCGGGAGCUGGGCCGCCUGAAGCAGCUGCUGUCCCUGGCCUACCCACUGGACUCCCUGGAGAAGCAGAUGGAAAAGGCCCACGAGGACUCGGAGAAGCUGCGGGAGAUCGUACUGCCCAUGGAAAAGGAGAUCGAGGAGCUGAAGGCGAAGCUGCUGAGGGCCGAGGAGCUGAUUCAGGAGAUCCAGAGACGUCCCCGGCAUGCCCCUUCCCUGCACGGCUCCACGGAGUUGCUGCCCCUGUCCCGGGAUCCAUCGCCCCCGCUGGAGCCUCUGGAGGAGCUGAGCGGAGAUGGGGGUCCAGCCGCUGAGGCCUUCGCUCACAACUGCGAUGACAGCGCCUCCAUCUCCUCCUUCUCCCUUGGCGGUGGGGUCGGCAGCAGCUCCUCCCUGCCCCAAAGCCGCCAGGGCCUGAGCCCUGAACAGGAAGAGACGGCCUCGCUGGUGUCUACAGGCACCCUGGUUCCCGAGGGCAUCUACCUGCCCCCUCCUGGCUACCAGCUCGUCCCAGACACUCAGUGGGAGCAGCUACAGACAGAGGGCCGACAGCUGCAGAAGGACCUGGAGAGCGUCAGUCGCGAGCGGGACGAGCUCCAAGAGGGCCUGAGACGGAGCAAUGAGGACUGUGCCAAGCAGAUGCAGGUGCUCCUGGCCCAGGUCCAGAACUCAGAGCAGCUGCUGCGGACCCUGCAAGGGACUGUGAGCCAGGCCCAGGAGCGGGUGCAGCUGCAGAUGGCGGAGCUGGUCACCACCCACAAGUGCCUGCACCACGAGGUAAAGCGGUUGAAUGAGGAAAACCAAGGGCUCCGGGCCGAGCAGCUGCCAUCCUCAGCCCCCCAGGGCCCGCAGCAGGAGCAGGGCGAGGAGGAAUCACUGCCCAGCUCUGUGCCAGAGCUGCAGCAGCUGCUGUGCCGCACGCAGCAAGAGGCGAGGGCCCGGCUGCAGGCCCAGGAGCACGGGGCCGAGCGCCUGCGGAUCGAGAUCGUGACGCUGCGGGAGGCUCUGGAGGAGGAGACAGCGGCCAGGGCCAGCCUGGAGGGGCAGCUGAGGGUGCAGCGGGAGGAGACAGAGGUGCUGGAGGCCUCCCUGUGCAGCCUGAGGACAGAGAUGGAGCGGGUGCAGCAGGAACAGAGCAAGGCCCAGAUCCCAGACCUCCUCUCAGAACAGAGGGCCAAGGUGCUGCGGCUGCAGGCAGAGCUGGAGACCAGUGAGCAGGUGCAGAGGGAUUUCGUGCGACUGUCCCAGGCCCUGCAGGUGCGCCUAGAGCGGAUCCGCCAGGCUGAGACCCUGGAGCAAGUGCGCAGCAUCAUGGAUGAGGCGCCACUCACGGACGUCGGGGACAUCAAGGACACCUGAGGGGUCAGGAUGUCCCCACCCCCACCCUGGGAAAGACGCCUUUCCCCACUCCCGAACCAUGAGGCCUCGCUCUGGGGUCUUGGAUGGCUUUUCCACCGUCCCUGAGCCUGGGGUUGAGGGGACUGAUGGGGGCCACCACCGCCCCGCCCUCCAGCGCCUCCUCCCAGGGUGGCUGGGCCUCCUGUUCUCAGGGAUCACACCUGGGUGAGGGGCCCAAGCCCCUCCCGGAACCAAAGGUGCAGGCUCAGGCCUGCGGCUUUCUGGCUGCUGUGCUGCCUCCUGGGCUCCAGCCCUCCCCUGCCCCCAGCCCGUCCCCUGCCCAGGGCACAGCCGAGCCAUGGGGGCUGGGAGUCCCCAUCAGAGGCAGUGAGGUGGGCCCCGGCCCUGGGACAGGCAGCUGCCUUCUGGUCUGCAUGACACUAAGACGCUUGUCCACAGCGGCGACCCAGGCCUCCAAGCUUGCACAGAGGCAAGGCCAGACUUUUCCGUCAUUUAUUUUCAAUAAAUAAGCAGCUCAGCGCA